CGCCACUAACAGCACCACCACACAUCUGUGAACAAACACAACGAUCAGAUUCGAACCAUGUCCCCGCGCAAGAAAGAAGUGCUGUCCUCUGUGACAAUAACCCAAGAGCCCAGCGCCAGUGCGCAGCCCCACCACAAGACGCAGUUGGAGCGGAUUCCACCCGCAGCGCGAUUCCUUCUUGCCGUUGUCAGCAGCCUAGCUCUGAGCUCUGGCCUAUUUACGCUCAUGCCGAUCGUGACCCGGGGCGAGCUCGGCAAUGUGAGCAAGCAUCUUGAGACCUGGUGGGAAGUGGGAGGGUUGAUGGCGUGGAAGGCCGUUGAGGUCGGGCUGGCCUGGAUUCUGGGAUACGACAGCCAUGAUGUCUGCUCCUUCACCUUCCUCACCCAUCUUCCGACCUACUCCCUCCUCUCCACCUUCUACGGCGUGCGACCGACCACCAUCCUGGCCUCGUAUGCGAUCACCAUCCUCUCGACGGUCCUCCCCUUCACCCUCCUCCGCCGCCCCAACUCUUUCCAUAAUCUCGCCCACGCGAGCCCGGAGACCGUCUCCAACCGCCUCAUCUUGCAAGACCGCGCCACAACCGCCUACACGACCAUGGUCGCAACCGCAAUCUUCACCGUGGCCCUCUACCUCAGCUACGCCACCCCGUGGCUGCCCACCAACCUGGUCCUCCACUUCGAGGGCAUCCCCGACAUCUCCGCCGUGCACGCAGGACCCGCCGGCCUCCCGGCUCUCUUCCUGACUCUCCUCCCCGCCGGCUUUGCGGCGCGCGAUUUCCUCUUCGCCAGCUCGACCGGCGCGUCUGCUGCCAGCGACAAGAAGAUCGAGAAGACCACGAAACCCUCCACCUCCACCCAGGAUGGCGAGUACCUCGCGUGCGCCGUCUACCGCAAGACCUGGGGCACCCUCUCCCCCAAGACUCAAGUGCUGGUCUCGCGCACCGUUGUUCUGGCGGGUAUGUUGCUCGCCAACACGGUCAUCCAGGUCGCAGGCACGGUGAAACGGGUGAGCGUAGAGGGCGCUUCGGCCUGGGGGCUGGUGUGGGCCGCUGCUGCGCUGGUGAACGGAUUUAUGUUCGGAUGGAUCGAGUCGGUGGACGGCGUAUGAUCUCGUAGGGAAUAUCCUACUUCUUAUGACUCCAUGGAACACAGUCUCUUCUGCCGAAGCAAAGGAAUUUCGGUAUUGCAUCACGUUCGCUACCAAGGGAAAUCUCCUCACCGAAGCAGAGUGUUGAUACUUUCUUCUUGCGAUUCUCUUUGUGUCUUUCAGUAUCCCCUUCAAAGCAAGCAAUGUAUGUCAGCGGGCGGAGCAACGGUGCAAUAAAGCAAACCCCUCUCCCCACCACCUCACCAUCAAAUUGAACGGGCGUUCUGGGAAGUUGGGCGAAAAGAACUGAAUGGUUGUUUCCGGGAGACUGUGCUUCUCUUAUGACCUUAUUCUUUCGAUUUUUUUUUUCUUUUUACUUCUCGCCUUUUCUGUACUUUUUUUUAUUGUGUGUCAAUAUCCUGC